CUCCCCGCCGUUCACCCUCCUUCCUCCCGGUUCCUCCCCGGUCCCUCUGCUUCCCCAGCCCUCUUUGAGCCCCCCGGGCCCGGUGCCACCGUGCCGGUCCCUCUCCAGCGGGCUGUCCCGGUAGGGCGUUCCCUCCAUCCCAUACCCAGUGACCCCAGCACACCCUGGCCCGGUGGCCCCGCGGUUCCCAGCCCGUGUCCCAGCGCACACCAUGGCGCACCUGCUGGGCCACCGCGGCUGCAUGGAGAGCCUGCGAGCCGACCUGCAGGACCUGCAGGCCGCCAUCGCCGAUGUGACCUCGCGGGCCGGCGCCGUGCGCUGCCCGUCGUGGAAGUUCCCCGACAAGCUGUCCUGCGACCUGGACAUGGCGCUGCUGCUGCAGCGGUACAGGCACAGCGAGAGCGAGCCCGAGUUCAGCCAGCACUCACACGUGGUGCUGCUGGAGCUGCUCAUUGACAGGUGA